GCGCACCUACGAGCGAUUCGCGACGAGAUUUCGGGCAACCAGGUGGGGACAAUCCGGAGGAAGUCAGCCGUGUAAAGUGUUGUCGGCAGCCAUCGAGCCCUUUUGCUCGCGAUCGUCCAGCGGAAAAGGAAACCGUGCAUCACGUCAGAGGUGACUCGAUAAAGGAACUUCGACUCCGCAAGAAACGACGAUUAUGCUAUCUACCUUGGUCCCUGAUGAAACUAGUCGAUUGCACUCGAUUUCCUGUACGUCGUGCCAGGAUUGUUAGCCGAUGGUCGCGCGAAAGCUCGAGGAGGAUCAUUGACAAGCGAGGAAGGCAGCUUUUCCGCGGGAGACUCGUGGUAAUUUUUCAAUCAAGCUGCCAAUAAAUUUCAUCAUGGGUCGUCGGACCCUCGGUGUAUCGCUCGGCGCGUGACGUGUACCCUCUCGAAAGACGCAUUCUUAUGCGACCCGCGGACGUCGAACGAUCCCAUAACGCGUGUUUCCCCGUGAACUGAUCGUGAAAACCGUCGCGACUCGAUUCGAAUCGGGACAGACAGUCGGUGGAUUCGAGUGCCAUGGAGAAGAAGGACCCAACGAGGCAGUUCGCGAACGUGCGAACGGAGAGGAUCGAGAUCAGGCCAUCGGAGCGAUGGCGUAUCUUGAGGAACGUUUUGGUGAUCGGACUGGCGUUCAUGGUGAACUUCACGGCGUUCAUGGGUGCCACGAACUUGCAGAGCUCUAUCAACGCGGAUGGGUCGCUUGGUACCUUCACGCUGGCGUCCAUUUAUGGCAGUUUGAUUUUUAGCAAUAUUUUCCUGCCGCCUUUAAUCAUAAGCUGGCUGGGCUGUAAAUGGACCAUAUCCCUGGCCAUACUGACUUACGUGCCAUUCAUGGCGGCCCAGUUGUACCCAAAAUUCUACACCAUGAUACCAGCUGGCCUGCUGGUCGGCAUUGGCGCCGGACCACUUUGGUGCGCCAAGUGCACCUAUUUAGUGGUCGUCGCGGAAGCAUACUCCACUUUAUCAGAUGUCCCCAUGGGUGUCCUGGUCACGAGGUUCUUCGGCCUGUUUUUCAUGUUCUAUCAGAUGGCGCAGGUCUGGGGGAACCUGAUGUCCUCGGCAGUUCUAUCAUAUGGAAUCGACACGGUGCCAACAAAUACUACGUUGAAUAGUAGCAUUGUGGCGGAAACGUGCGGUGCCAAAUUCUGCGGCGCGAGUUCCAACACCACCGACAGCCCCAACUUGGAACGACCACCAGAGGAAAGGAUUCAUCUAAUUUUCGGAAUCUAUUUGUGCUGUACGGUAGUAGCCUCGUUAAUUGUCGCAUUUGGAGUUGACUCACUCACAAGGUACAAAAGGGAUAGAUCCGGAUCAACAACGGGACAAUCGGGAUUUAAAUUGUUGGCUGUAACCAUAAAGUUAUUGAAAGAAAGGAAUCAAAUACUCAUACUGCCGAUAACCAUGUUCAUUGGAGCUGAACAAGCAUUUUUAUUCGCCGAUUAUAACGCUUCGUUCGUAUCCUGUGCAUGGGGAAUAAGCAACAUUGGUUACGUGAUGGUCUGUUUCGGUGUAACUAACGCUAUAGCUUCAUUGGGUACCGGAUCAGUAAUGAAACUGACAGGCAGGAGGCCUUUGAUGACAUUCGCCUUUUGCCUUCAUAUGGGAAUAUUAGUCUUUCUAUUGCGUUGGAAACCAACGCCUGAACAGAGUUCCAUAUUCUUUCUCAUGUCUGGAUUAUGGGGUCUCUGUGACGCCAUGUGGCUGGUACAAGUAAAUGCUCUAUCGGGGAUACUGUUCUCGGGCAAAGAAGAAGCCGCCUUUUCCAACUUCCGGCUCUGGGAAUCCACGGGUUCCGUGAUCACGUACGCGUACAGUCCUUACCUCUGUACGCAAACGAAGCUUUACUUUCUGAUGGGAAUCCUAUUCCUUGGAAUGAUCGGUUACGGCGUAAUCGAGUGGACCUGGAAGACGGACAGGCCGAUUCCUAAAUCGAAACCAGAGUUCGAGCUGGUUACAAACGGCGAAGUAAACGACACGACGAAACUCUGAAUCGACGGAGAUAUGUAACUGUCGAUUAUUUUCGGUCGAUAAGUACGAUCUCGAGUUAGAUGACGUUGAGAGAUAAGUCUCGUUUUGGUUGGUUCAAAACGUAUUAAUAAUUUGCGAUUCUUCCACGAUCUUUGUUCCCGAGUUGAAGAGAAAAUUGUACGAGUUACUUCGUCAUUUAAAAUUCGCUGUUUUAUGUCAUCGUUGGACAGUGAUCGGUGAACUGAAGAAGAAAGAAACGAACUGAGUUUACUGUCGGCAAUUCUUCGGAUUAUUUGAGAACGCUGAAUAAUAGGAUUAUCGUGUGAAUAAUAUUAUAAUUGCGGUAUACAUAUCGUAUAUAUAGAAAUCAUACACAAAUCAGAUCGACAUAUCGAAAAUUAUAUGUACAAGAAAGAGUUCGGUUGGAGGCGCAGUCAGGACCUUGAAGGUACGAUCUUUGUGUGAUUUGUACCACAAUAUAUGUUUUUAUUUUAUUCUUGUGGACACCUACUAGAUUUUACACAGAUAGUUCGCUUAACCUCUAAAGAUUCUUUUCUCUCCGUAUCUCUUCAUGUUUUUUUCUUUUUGUCAUUUUUAAAUACGUAGUUUAAUGUUACAUCGUGUUGUCUAGGUGCUAACAUUCAAGCUAAAGCUACGGCUGCUUAAUUUAAUUGUAUACUUAAUGUGCUUAAUUUCCUUUUCACUGUACGCGUGUGUCUCAUGUACGUGAACGUAUACGCGCACGUAUACGCGUGUGUAUACAAUGCGUUCGUUUAGUAACGUGGCUUCGUACGUGUUUGUAUGCGAGUGUGUAUACCGGUUUGCAUGGCUGUGUAUGGGUGUAUGUAUAUAUGUACGUGUCUGUGUUAACGCGUUUUUCCUCUCUCGCAGUGUGUUCCGUUAUGCUCAUCGUUUAUUGUGCUGUCACGAUCAAUUGUCCCCCGUCUCUUGAGUUCGCGAAGACGAUGGUAUAUUACAAGGUUAUCUUCCGAUGCGCGCGCACGGACCAAACGGAUCUUCGCGGUUUCUCCUCGAAUUUCACUCGAAUAAAUAAUAACGAAUCGCGACGUGGGAUCAAUUGAUCCUGCAUCCUUCGUCUUUUAGCGUCGUUCGAUUGCUGAUUGUAUUUGUGGAUCGUGUGCUAGCUUAACCCUCGUUUAUGUACAAUUCAAGUUUUGCAGUUCAGUUAUAUACUUUAUAAAACGUAGUAGGAACUUUGGUUUCGCUGGGCAAUGUUUCAAGAGCAGUUUCCUCUUUUUCGUUCUCGCCAUGAAAUUUUUCUCUUUUGUUUUUCUCGUUUUAUUUCAUUUUUAUUUCUAUUUUUAUAUAUAUAUAUUUUUUUCCUUUUUUCGUUUCUUAUUCCGGAGUAGUUAUUUUAGUUUUUCCUCUUUGUUUCGUCGUUUCGAACGAUUUCGUAUUUACUUCGGUAGGUUUGAAAGCACGAUUAAUUUUAUCGCCUACGGCCAGUGCGCUCCUCAUUUUUUGGAUUCCAUCGAGACGUUUCAAAAUUCGGCCGGAAACUGCUAUAAAACAUUCGCCCGUGGAUCUAUCUUCCUUAGAAAUAUGACACUCACGAAUACAGUUCACGUUUUUUUUUUUUUUCUUUAAUACUCAUGUUAAUAUUUCCGUAAUGACCUAUUGAAUAUCAAUUUUUUUUUUUCCACGAAGAAAAUACACAUGAUUCGUAAAUUUCUUUUCUCUCUCUCGUCAGCAGUAUCUUUCUCGUUCACAC